GCAAGUUUUCGAAUGUGUUUUCAAAUCUAAAUUGUCGCGCACUCGAAACGGACGCGUGCGCUCGUCUAACGGUGAAACGGCAAUCUAACGGUAUUAAAUAAACUCCACAACGUUCCUAGAUUGGAGUUUUGAUCUAAAUAAAUCUAAAACUAUUAUUAUGAUAAUAUUUGAAAAUUCAUAACUGUGGAUUUGUGUUUUAAAAGCUAACCAAGUGAUCAACAAUUGAGAUCAAACUAAUCUAAUCUAAUAACUAAUUAAAAGAAAAAGACAACGAUCGCUAUAUAAACUUGUGUGCAAUUUUAUAUGGAAUACAAUAUUUGAGUUGUGCGAAGGAACUAAAAGAUAUAGCAAAAAAUAUUACAAAAUUCAAGAGCUCGAGGAGCAGCAGUACCACCUGAUAAUUACCACCUGCAACCCCACUGGAGUUCCUCCCACUCCGCUCUCAACUCCCACGGAAUCAUGACCAGCAUCUCGGCACUGCUCCAUCGGAGUCACAGCCACAGCAAUGGUUACACGAGCAGCGGGAGUAGCAAUCACAGUCACAGCAGCAGUCUUUCACCGCAGUUGCCCGGCAUCAAUUUGGGUUUGGGAAUGGCGGCCAAUGGUUUGGGCAUAGCUGGUGGUUCUGGAUCGGGAAAUACCACCUCACCACCAUUGCCGCCAGCUGACCUAGCCAUACCGUCAGCGGCACCUACAACCACUCCUGUGACACCCAAAAUGCAUCACCACCACCACCAACAGCAGCAGCAACAUCAUCAUGGCAACUCCCAUUCGAAUUCAAGCGGUGGAUCCCAUCACAACAGCCACGACCACAUUAAGCGACCAAUGAACGCUUUCAUGGUCUGGUCGCGGGGGCAGCGUCGCAAAAUGGCCCAGGACAAUCCCAAAAUGCACAAUUCCGAAAUAUCGAAACGGCUGGGCGCCGAGUGGAAAUUACUCACCGAAGGACAGAAGCGUCCAUUCAUCGACGAGGCAAAGCGAUUGCGGGCCCUGCACAUGAAAGAACAUCCCGACUAUAAGUAUCGACCACGUCGUAAGCCCAAGACGCUCAACAAGUCACCAGUGCCAGGUGGUGGUGGCACAGGAGGUGGUGGUGGUGGUACUAAUGGUGGUCCAAAUCCUGGUAAUCCUGGUCCUGGAUCUGCUGGUUCCCCCAAGGAUAUGCAACCCCAACUAUCGCCUUUGGGUCAAUCGCUGCCCCAUCUCCAUGGACAUCCACAUCAGUCUUCGUAUCCACCGCAUCCACAUCACCCGCAUCCCCAUCCACAUCAUGUCCAGCUGGCCGCUUUGAGUGCCAAGUAUGGAUUUGGAGCACCACUGGAGUUAUCUCUGCCCCGCCUGCCGAACGCCUUUCCCGGUCUCGCCCACUACCCACUGGAUCCCACGUUGGCCUUGGAUCUUCAGGCUCGCCUUCAGGCAAUGUACGCUGGCUCUAUCUACCAUCCAUGGCGGUAUCUACCGCUGAUCAGUCCGGAAACACCACCCUCCCCGCCCAGCAGCAGUGGCACCGGCAUCUCAUCCUACGGAUGCGUCAAGUCGGAGAAGUCCUCACCGAAUGCUGUAGUAGCCACCACGGCCAGUCCGACGAACAUCAUCUGACCAACUCCAUUGCGCUUCGGCGCCGGCACCUCCUCAUCCGCAGAGCAUGUGGUCUAGGAUGGCUGUCCUGUAGAGGAUUUGGAUGGUAAAAUCUCUCGACCAUUCCCAUCCGUCGGCCCAUUCCGGUAUCGACCAUUUGGUCACCCCGCCCCUGGAAAGUUAAAAGUCGUAAUGUUAGAUCCUAGAAUUAGUCGAAUAUUUGUACGUGUCUUCAGUUGCAACUAAAGUUAUGUUUUGGGUUCUGAUUUUUGAGGUAUUUUUAGUUGAGAUACUAAACUGAUUUAUUUUAGAUAGUAAACUAUCUUUCUUUUGUGAGGAUUCGUAUUUAGAAGGUCUUUAAGAGGAGAGAUGACCUUGUGUUAAUUUUAAGGGACUUUCAAAAUCUCCAAUCUGUAAGUUUGAUUCUUCUUCUAAAAAAGCCAUUUAAAAUUUUGUAUUCUUUUCAAUUUUCUUUUUUAAAAGUUAAAUCCUUAAAAAUAAGAUCAUACAGAUAUCGUUUUGCCAUCAAAUUCUAGAACCCAAACAAAUUGCUUUUUAAGUCCCUUAGAUUAGAUUUGUUAAGGCAUCAAGAACAUGUCCAAUUUUAUGUAAUAUAUGAUUGUAAAACUAUACUUUAAUGUGAUAAACGAAAAAGAGCAGAAAACCUAAUUAAAAUCUGUGAGAAAAUAAA